CGGCAAAUAUCGCCACGCUGUCUCGACUACCUUUAUCAGAUUUAGUUUUUUUUAACAGGAAAGCUGCAAGCUUGCUAUCAAUGAUAUAGCUUGCUAGCUAGCCAUGUUGUGAUGAUGGCUGAAAGUGACACAGCUCAGACUUGCCUUGUAAUGAGUGGUUACUAGGUAGCCUCAUGAUGUAUGAACUAAAUGGGAAUCUGUGUUCAGCUUUACCUUUGAUGUUAAAUGACAAACCCGAUAACGGCUCUGGCACGCGUGAGUGGCCAUGGCUCCAGGCGACGUGGUAACGGAGCAGAGCAAGCAACAGCGGCUAAAGGAGAAACGACCAGCGCGGCGCCCGGAGGCCGAGUGCGAGGUCGACGGCACCUUCGUCUUUCAGGCCCAGGAGGCUUGGAAGGACUUCCACAACUCACUGCGGCAGUUUUACGAGGCAGGCGAGCUCUGUGACGUCACGCUGAAGGUGGGCAGCCGGAUGAUCGCGUGUCACAAGCUGGUGCUCGCGUGCGUCAUCCCCUACUUCCGUGCCAUGUUCCUGUCGGAAAUGGCAGAGGCCAAACAGGACCUGAUCGAGAUUCGCGACUUUGACGGCGAGGCCAUCCAGGACCUGGUGAGCUUUGCGUACUCGUCGCGCCUCACGCUGACCGUGGACAACGUGCAGCCGCUGCUCUACGCCGCCUGCAUCCUCCAGGUGGAGCUGGUGGCGCGGGCCUGCUGUGAGUACAUGAAGGCCCACUUCCACCCCUCUAACUGUCUGGCCGUGCGCACCUUCGCCGAGAGCCACCACCGCGUGGACCUGAUGGCCAUGGCCGACCGCUACGCCUGCGAGCACUUUAGCCAGGUGGUGGACAGCGACGACUUCCCGGCCGUCUCGCCCCAGCACCUGCGCACGCUGCUGGGCUCGCCCGACCUCAACAUCCACUCGGAGACGCAGGUCUACCAGGCGGCCAUCAAGUGGCUCAAGGCCAACCCGCAGCACCACGAGGACUGGCUGGACCAGAUCAUGUCUCAGGUGCGUCUUCCCCUGCUGCCAGUGGAAUUUCUGACGACUACGGUGGCCCGAGAGGAGAUGAUCAAGAGCAGCCUCAGCUGCCGGGACCUGCUGGACGAAGCGCGCAAUUAUCACCUGCACCUCAGCAACAAGAGUGUGCCCGACUUUGAGUACUCAAUCCGCACAACGCCCCGCAAACACACAGCAGGUGUGCUGUUUUGUGUUGGUGGCAGAGGCGGUUCUGGAGACCCGUUCCGCAGCAUUGAGUGCUACAACAUCAGCAAGAACAGCUGGUUCUUUGGUCCCGAGAUGAACAGCAGACGGCGCCACGUAGGAGUCAUAUCAGUCGGAGGGAAGGUCUAUGCGGUUGGCGGCCAUGAUGGAAGUGAGCAUCUGGGCAGCAUGGAGAUGUUUGACCCGCUGACUAACAAGUGGACGAUGAAGGCCUCCAUGAACAUUAAGAGGAGGGGUAUAGCCCUAGCAGCUCUGGGUGGCCCCAUCUAUGCCAUUGGAGGUCUGGAUGACAACUCCUGCUACAGCGACGUGGAGCGUUACGACAUUGAGGCCGACCGCUGGAGCACCGUGGCCGCUAUGAACACGCCCCGUGGCGGGGUGGGCUCUGUUGCCCUUGGGAGUCAUGUGUAUGCGGUGGGAGGGAAUGAUGGCAUCGCGUCCUUGUCGAGUGUGGAACGUUUCAACCCUCAUCUCAACAAGUGGACACAUGUACAGGAGAUGGGCCAGCGGCGGGCCGGCAACGGCGUCAGCGAGCUCAACGGGUGCCUCUACGUCGUCGGUGGUUUUGAUGAUAACUCCCCGUUAAGCUCAGUGGAGAGAUUCGACCCCCGUACCACUCGCUGGGAAUAUGUUGCAGAGCUGACCACGCCCCGUGGUGGAGUGGGUGUGGCCACGGUGAUGGGGCGUGUCUAUGCCGUGGGUGGACACAACGGGAACAUCUACCUGAACACAGUGGAAGCUUAUGAGCCCCGCAUGAACAGGUGGGAGCUGGUGGGCUCCGUGUCUCACUGCAGGGCGGGGGCGGGCGUGGCUGUGUGCUCCUCCCACAUCAGCCAGAUCCGAGACGUGGGCCAGGGCUCCAGCAACGUGGUGGACUGCAUGUGACCCCACACCUGCACAAACGCACUGACUGAGCACACACCUUUACCAGAACCCUCAGAGUACACACACACACACGCGCGCACGCUCACACACACAGGAAAACACAAACACAUGUAUACAUAUACACAUGCAGAUAUGGCACUGUCAUUCGUUAAACACACUCACACAAUCUGUAUAAAUGUUGACUGUCAGUAAUGCGCGCACACACACACCCACACACACGUCAUGUGGUGAGACUGAAGCAUUUGUGGAAAAAUGUGUCGUUUUGGUAUUGUUUACUGAGACACUCGAGUACUCCUCCAAGUGUACAAUCACUCAUAAUGCUCUGACAGAAAAAACACAAACUUUUAUUUCAUUCUCGUAUAAGAUGUGUGCUGGGUUAUGUAAAGGUUCCCCUUGCUGUGCUCUCUGUAGUCUCCAAGCCAAGCUCUUGCUUUGCAGUAGUGGGGGGGAGGAGAAGGGGAAGCUUCCUGAUCGUGGUUUCCCUGAACAUUCCUCAGAACUGCAGGGUGUUGGUUGGUGAGCUGUCUGUCUGCAAUGCCACAGCUGUGCCAAUGAAGAUAAGGUCAUUAAGUAGACUCCCCCAAAUUUGGCCACAAAUGGCGCAGGUGACCCAUCCCCCAGCCUGUGCUCAGACAGACAGACAGACAGACAGACAGACAGACAGACAGACAGACAGACAGACAGACAGACAGACAGACAGAC